CCAAAGGCAACUUUUUACGGUUAUGUAUACAAUUUACAGAACAUUUUAUGGAACUAAUUCUGAAAAAAAGAGACAAAAAAGCAAAAUUCUAUUCACUGUGAGGAAAUUUCGAGUGCAUGUGAUUACAAGAAGGCAAAAUUAUGAAAAUUAUGCAACUUUCAUGUAACUUCUCUGAAUCGAGGUGGUGGGUUCCGUCUGUGAAGUAAAGUACUCUUACUUCAUUCUGUCGACAGCUGAUUAUUGGUGUUUGGGGCUUUUGGGGCCUUUAGUGAUUUUCCUGAUAAUCCAAAUAUUUGUAAUUUAUUGAAGAUCAUGGCUUUAACCUCAGCUUUAGUCAGAUCAGUCGCGAGGGUAUCUCGACGAAAUGUUUACACUUCAGCAAAGUUAUUCAGAAAAGAGGAAGAAGACUACCCAGAUCUUCCCGACCCUCUUGAGUUCACAACAGGGUUACAGAAACGUAUUAUCCUUGCUGAGUUGGCUGGUAAUCCGGAUCCUUUCAAUGUUUUCGCUAGGAAACGUGGCCCUGGAACUAAAGAACAACCAAACGAAGUUCCCUCUGCUUAUGAGGCAAGAAUUAUUGGAUGUGUAUGUGAUGAAGACUCUUCACACAUCAAAUGGAUGUGGGUAUUCAAAGGGGCUCCCAAACGCUGCAUGUGCGGAAACUGGUUCAAAUUAGUCUAUGCUCCACCAGUCUAAAUUGUUUUUACCUUACUUAGUUCAUAAUAAUUAUUUGUCUGCGGAAAAUAAUUUCGUUGUUAUCACAUACUGCAAUAGCAAGACCUCUUGAUGGAAACCACUAGACCCCCUCUCAGUGUCAAAUCGAAUUUCCUGGAAUGAUUUAUUUACCGUGGAUAUAGAAAACAUCCAUUGUUAUUGCUGAAUUGUUAAAUCUUUGGCAACAAUAAUCCAUUUUUUGUAACUCUCAUUGUAAAUAAUGUCAUGUAAGUAAUUACAAAUUUUGGAUUAGUCAAACACUA